UUUCUUCAUUUGCCAAGUCGCUCUCAAGAUGGCAAGUGACGCGUACGCUACGGUGCAGACUCCCGUUGACGGCGCGGCGCAAACGAGCAUCGCCCGCCCGCCCAAGUCAAUGGUGCGCCGGCUGCUCUCGUCGCUCACCUUUUGGAUCGUGCUCGGGACGAUUCUCGGCGUUAUUCUCGGCGAAGUCGCGCCGUCCUUCUCCAAGUCGGCGGCGCCAAUGGCCCAGAUCUUCCUCCGGCCGAUCCAGUUUAUUGUGUUCCCGCUCGUCUUUUCGUCGCUCGUUGUCGGUAUCGCCGGCAACGGCGACCUCAAAGCGCUUGGCCGCCUCUCGCUCAAGUCGUUCAUUUACUUUGAGAUUGUGACCACGCUCGCGCUCAUCCUUGGGCUGGUCGCUGUCAACAUUGCGAGCCCCGGGUCGUCGAUCCCGCAAGGAAAGAACUACACGGGCAAGCCGUCCGACUCGUUCUCGUUUGAUCUUUGGAUCAAGCACUUGACGCCCAAGACGUGGGGCGAAAUGAUGGGCGGCUCGGGCAGCUCGGAGCUCCUCCAAGUGCUCGUCGCGUCGAUCCUCGUCGGUGUCGCGACCGCCAUGACGGCCGAGCACCACAAGCGCGUGCUCCUCGAGCUCGCGACGGCCGUCAUGGAGAUGAUGUUCAAAUUCGUCGACAUUGUCAUUUGGACGGCGCCGCUCGGUGUCUGCUUUGCGGUCGCCAACGCGAUCGGUGCCAACGGCGUGAGCGCGCUUGGCGCGCUCGGCGCGCUCGUCGUCACCUUGUACGUGACGCUCGUGGUCUUCAUCGUCGUCAUCUUUGGUGCGAUUUUUGUGCUUUUCAAAAUCCAUCCGCUCGAAUUCGUCUCGGCGAUGCGCGAGCCACUCGUGAUCGCGUACACGACCGCGACGUCCGAAGCCGCGCUGCCCAAGGUGUUCGAGGCGCUCGCAGCGUACGGUGUCUCGCCGCACAUUUCGGCGUUCGUCGUCCCCUUUGGCUACUCGUUCAACCUCGACGGCUCGACCUUGUACCUCUCGCUCGCGGCCGUCUUUUGCGCGCAGGCGACGCACAUUGAGAAGAGCGUUGGCGAGCAAAUCGUGAUGGUCCUCAUGCUCAUGAUCUCGUCGAAAGGCGUCGCUGGCGUCCGCUCGGCGAGUAUCAUUGUCCUCGCCGCGACCGUCGACCAGUUCAACAUCCCCAACUGGCCGGUGACGCUCAUUUUGGCCGCCGACUGGCUCAUGGACAUGGCGCGGACGUUCACGAACGUCUUUGGCAACUGCCUCGCGGCCGUCGUCAUGGCCAAGCUCGAGGGCGAGUUCCGCAAGGAUGGCUGGGAGAAGGCGCUCGAGGUCGCCAACGACGAAGACGAGCAUGUCCUUGUCGACGACGACAAGCACACCGUGUAACUAUUGAUGUCGUAGUACGCAUCGUACGCGUUUUCUUUAUCUAACCAAGUGCAAUGUGUCUUUACGUACAA